AUGUCAGAUCACAAGACACAGGUGGCUCAAGACAGAAAAGCGCAUGAGCUCCAGACUCAAUAUAAUAGCUACCAGGAACUUUUGACGGAGUUGCAAACGCAGUUGUCGACUCUCACAUCGCAGAUUCUGGAGCACACUAUAGUGGACAAAACGUUGACGGAAAUUCCCCCAGAGAAAAGAGAAAACCGUAAAUGCUUCAAGAUGGUGGGAGGUGUACUUACGGAGAAAAGCGUUGAUGAUGUGAUCUUGAUGUUGGACGAGGAGAAGAAGGAGCUAGCUAAGUCGAAGGAACAAGUCGAAAAAGAGUUGGUGACUACCAAAAAGGAGAUGGAGCAAUGGAUGACGAAAAACAAAGUGAAGAUCAUGAGACAGUAA